GUGGCAGGCUUCCAAAUUGCAACUCCCAACUCUAGUUUGCAUGGUUUGGCCCUCUCCACCAAGUACACUGGUAUGGUGUGGCUAACGUUAGAAACGGACAACAAAUUGGUGUUGAUUGAUCCUAUGGUGACGUCGGCUACGGAUGCUCCCAAGGUGAUCAAGGAAAUCGAUGUACCCCAGCCCGGAAAUGGUCCUCAUUACAUUGGUGAAUAUGAAACCGAUCUCUGGGUCAGUCUCAAGGAAAGUUAUGACGUGUUGCGCAUCAACUAUGAGAAUCCCACCGACUACAACAUUUACAAAGGUGUCCCCCAUCCUAUUUUUGUCGCCCAACACCCCAUAAACAAGAUGUUCUAUUCUAGUGAAGAUGAUUCUAGCAAAAUAAUGAAAAUCAACCCUAUAACUAACGAAACCACCCAAAUGACUGUCAAUGCCAGUGCUGGUGCGACCCCCGUCGGCAUGAUCAGUGGUCCUAAUGGUAUCUGGUUCACUCUUCUUGGUAAUGAAACAGUUGGCACAG